AAAUGAAAUACAAAGAACCAAAUUUCACACUGAGAAGGACAUUUAAAGUGGAAAACACAGGGCAGCUGCAGAUUAAUGUGAAAACCAUGGAAAUCAGUGGCUAUACAUGUGAAGGAUACGGAUUUAAAGUAGUUAACUGUCACGAGUUUGCACUAAGCGCCAAUGCCUCUAAAGACAUUGUCAUAUUGUUUACACCUGAUUUCACUGCUUCCAGAGUUAUAAGGGAAUUAAAAUUCGUCACUGCAGGAGGCUCUGAAUUUGUAUUUAUCUUGAAUGCAUCUCUUCCAUAUCACAUGUUAGCAACGUGUGCAGAAGCACUACCCAGACCCAACUGGGAACUGGCACUGUACAUAAUCAUCUCAGGAAUAAUGAGUGUACUCUUUCUCUUGGUAAUUGGAACAGCCUAUCUAGAAGCUCAAGGAAUUUGGGAGCCAUUUAGAAGACGCUUGUCCUUUGAGGCCUCAAACCCUCCUUUUGAUAUGGGAAGGCCACUUGAUCUCAGGAGAAUAGUUGGAAUUUCAUCUGACGGAAACUUGAACACACUUGGAUCAGAUUCUAAUCACAGUUCAUCCAGAGGGAUCUAUGGAGCAGGCAGUUCAUCUUCACGAUCCAGUGCAGGGAAUCAUAAACAAUGCAAUGCAACAGCACACCUUCACAGCAAUAGAAACACACCUGAUGCUGAAAACAUCAAAUCCAAACCCAGUUCAAGCAUACCUAACAGGACUUCAGCACAAGGAGCUUCCAUGCAGUCAAUAAACAGAGCCGGGGGCCCCUUUACCUUGGAUUCGGGUGCCACAGUUCAGACUCAUGCCGCAGGCAAAAGAGCCAAGGGGACAAGGCAGAACCAGCAGCCGACACAGCAGCAGGCAGCAGCUUUGGCAGAGCAGCCGCUCCAGCAACCCCUUGCACCUGGGCCGCAGCAGCAAGAGCAGCAGAGUGACGGUGCUUUGCCACAGCUCCCGCUCCUCAGCCCACCUCACAGCGAGUGUGCCAGGAGCAGAAGGCACAGCUCGGAGGACUCGGAUCUCACCGGGCUCAUAGAAACUAUGGAAAAAGACUUUGACCACCCAGAAUCCCCUCCCCCAGAUGUGUUUACAGAGCAGCCCCCAUCUCCACUAGCAAAAAACAAAGGGAAAGGGAAAACGCUUCAGCGCAAGGCUAAGCCACAGAAGAAGCGGGAAGAAAAGGACAGAAGAGGGAAAGGAAAGCAACAGGAGGAUGAACUGAAGGAUUCCAUGGCAGAUGAUGACAGUUCUUCAACCACAACUGAAACCUCCAACCCAGAUACAGAACCACUUCUCAAAGAG